CAGUGCCCGCGGGCCCCCCGCUCCCCCCAGGGCCCGGCGCCGCCGUGCCAGGCCGUGCCAGGCCGUGCCAGGCCGUGCCAGACGCCGCGGGGACACGGCCGGGCUGCCCGGCAUGGCGGGGCCGAUGACUUGGCAAUCGGGCGCCCUGCGGGUGACCCAGCACCCGGGCGAGCUGCAGGUGACCGCGGGUGACACGGUGGCCCUGGAGUGCCAGGUGGAGGUGGCCGAGAGCGAGGCCCUGCUGCGGAUGGAGUGGGUGAGGGCCGGGGGGCUCGGGGUGCUCUGUGCCACCCGCCUGCACUUUGGCACCCCCCUGCCCCUGUUCCCCUGUCCCCGCCGUGCCCCGGGGGUCCGGCUGGCCUGGCACCCCCCCCGGGCCACCCUCAGCCUCCCGCAGGUGCAGGGUAACGACAGCGGGCUCUACAUCUGCCGGGUGACCCUCGAGAUCCCCCGGCACUGCACCGCCACCGGCAACGGCACCGAGCUCCGCGUCACCCCCGCAGCUCUUGGAGGACAUCAGACAGCGCUGCUCUGGGGGCUCCUGGGGGGCCUGGGGGGCACCGCCCUCCUCCUGGGGAUGGCACUGCUCGCCCGCCGCUGCUGUCACAGGAGCCCAGGCGCUGACCCCUCCAACACGGCCAUCUACAUGAGCUUGAUGUCCCUCUCGGCGCGGGACCUCACAAAGCUGCCACCCCCCGAGCUGAAGAUCAGCCCGUACCAGCGGGAGCUGCAGCAGGCACGGGGCCCCUCCCUGCCCCCCCGGCCCUGAGAGUGCCCACUGUGCCUCGCACCCUUCCCCGGCUUUGCCCUUCCUCAGGAAAACCCCC